GUCAAUGUAGUUUAUUGAAUUAAGAAUGGAGACGCUUCGUAGGUUGUGUUGCAAACUUGGACUAUGCAAGUAGAUUAGAAAAUUUAAGAUGCUGGUUAAUAAAACAGCGCUAAUAAUAAAAUAUUUAAAUAUUAAUUUAUUGCUUAUAAUGUAUAUUCGUACAUUCUUGGCUGGUAAUUUCUGUACCUUUUUUUUUUUGAUGACGCAGGGAAACUCUUUUUACGAGCCGUCUAACCGGCCUUGGUGGGGCCGGAGAGGAUGUGUGAGACUCGACCUGGGCAGGUCCCUACUCACUAAAACCACUGCGAAAGCCAUCGGCCGCUAUGUUGGUGCACCCCGGAUCUGUCAGCGACAGGGCACAUCAGCGACUGGCCGGUCCUGGCAAAGACCGGACUUACUCCCUCGGAACAAAGUGGGCGAUCCCGGCAAUUAGGAUCGCCCCAAGGACGCUGAGCUUUCACAGGAGCCGGGUUACCAGCCCGACCCCAGCCCGGAGUGCAGGGGCGCUAUUGGAGGCGUUGAUAGCGCCUCCGACGCACCCCCGUCCGUCGUCUGCGGAGGGAGGGUGCAUCGACCGCAUCCUUCCGAUCCCGCUCAGAUGCCUCCUUCGUGGACAUGACCGUCUCAUAGAAGGAGGACACCGCCAGCCAGGGCCUGUCACUCUCGAGCAUCUUCUCCACGAUGAGAGCAGUCAGGAGUUCCGAGGUCCGAGUUCCGCGUUCAGCGUUUAUUAAUAAAUACAACAACAAGUCUAUAACAACAACGCACACUGAGGGCAGUCUGGCCGCGGCAGUCAA